GUUUGAACAUCAACUCUCUGCGUGACAGCACCAACACGCAUCAUGCAAUCGCAGCGUCCUUUGGCCGCCGACGCCAGUAGUCUCACGGCCACCGCUGGUGCCAGCGAACAUGACACAGCCAUGCAGUCUUCCGGCGCACCUUCCGCUAUGCCGCAACGAAAAAAGAAACCAGGACCCAAGCGUGAUUCAAAACCUGCUCCCAACGAGAAAUUGGAGCGAAACAGACAGGCGCAAAGAACACAUCGUGAGCGGAAAGAGCAAUACACCAAGGAACUCGAACUCGAGGUGAUGCGCCUGAAAGAGCUCUUUGUACAAACGACGCGCGAACGAGACGAUGCCAUUCAAUCACGAGAUGCCGCCAUGCUCGAGAGGGAUCGACUUCAUGAGGAGAACUUGCGACUACGAGAGCACGUACAACCCGCCGCCGCCACUUCUUCAGCUGGCACAGAUUCUGGGUAUGAAAGCAUGUCCUGGACUUGCGAUGCAACCAGGACAAAUAGCUUCUCCGACGCCUCUGGCUUUCCUAGUAUGACUGCUAAUGCGCCGCUCCAGGAGGUAGCGGACCGAGCUCCUCUGGCCAGCACGCACCGACUCAGCAUCUGGGACACCGAAGAAACCCGGGGAUUCGCGUCUGAUGGCCCAAUGCUGGACAUUCCGACCAGCCAGACCAUAAUGGCGUGUCAGCGCUCCUCGAGUUCGACAGGACCCAUAACCGUGAAGUUGGCCCAAGAGCUGCCGGCGGUGGAGCUCGAUUAUGAUGAGCUUGGUCUGGACUUCAUUCUGACCCUCGAAAGACCAUGUAUGGGGCAUAUACAUUACUUGCACGUGCGAGCGCACAAUUAUCAGGCUUCUGCGGAUGGCGGAAUGGCCGGGCAGCCCAUGGAAGUGCCCGAUGAUGGAGAGAACCAGCACAUAUCCGGUCACGCCAUGAUGGCCACGGCGCCACUCUACACGGACAUCAUCGAACGUCCAGGCUCGCGAUAUCCAUGCCAAAUGCCGCAAUUAAAGAGGAAAGACUUGGUGAAUCUACUCAAUCUGAGUGCCGCGCUAGAAAUAUCAGAACCGGAAAUACCUCCUGUCCGCGCAUGGAUUAAGUUGAUGCAAGAUUCAAGGACAAGAGGCUUCGGUGCGCACGAUUUUGAGGUGCUCAAGGCUUCAUUGUUAAAUAAGAUACAUUGCUACAGAUUCGGCGCUGUCAUCGACGAACACGACAUUGACGAUGCGCUUACGCAGGUUUGUCAGGUCAAGGAAGCAGCUGCUGUAGCUGCAGCUUCUCCACGAGCGAACCCGCGAAAACUCGAGCCAUGAGCUGCUCCUUAGGCUGAGACAAUAUUCCGCAUGUCGUCCGCUCGCGGAUCACAUGGCUCUGAAUGUCAUUUGCAGCAUUGACAGAAAGAUUCUAGAGGAAUAAAUUGACAAGUGAUGCGCAGCAUGUAUGUCAAAAGCACAUCGUACACACACACUGGUUGUAUCCUUCCAUGGUCAUGAUACAGGUAGGAAUCGGA